UGUUCGUUCUUUUAAUCUCAUCGGUGAGAAUAUGCACACGAUGAUGAUCGCACUCUUCGUAGCCAUGAACGAAGAUGAUCCAAAGUUUCAGACAUUCAAUUGCUGAGAAUUUCUCUUCUUUUCUAAUUUGAUUUCCAUCUCAAAUCCCUUGGAAUUGACUUUAUUUGUUGUCAAUUUUGUUUAUGGUCUAUGAGAUCGAAAGGAUUUUCAACUUUAACCUAAUCCGAUCGUUUUCUCUUUGUUUUGAUUGCUGGUGUUCUUGAGUUUUUCUUAAUUCUUGAAGAUGUUCUGGUUUGGAUCCGGUGGAUUUGCCGCAUGAAUUGGACGGAAGGUUUGGGUGCGGAUCGAGCGCUUAGAGAGUAGAGGAAGCUGAGCAGCGGCGCUGAAACAUGUCUGCCAUCGUGUGCGGGAAGAGAUCCUUAUUUGAAGACCUGCCUACGCCUCCCGUUUCUAAGAGAAUUCGUUGUUCGUCUUCUUCGCCUGUGCGGUUUUCGCCUCCAAGAUCAUCGAAUCACUCUGUUUCUCCCUUUCCCCAGACGUCUUCCUCACAAUCGGCUUACUUAGUCGAUUAUCUUCGAGCGAUUUUUCCUGAUAUGGAUAAGCAGCUUCUAGAAAGGGCACUUGAAGAAUGUGGUGAUGAUCUAGAUUUAGCCAUUAGAAGCUUGAACCAGCUUCAUUUAGGGUAUAAUGACAGAAACUUGGGAAGUGCUUCAAACUCCUCUGAUGUGGCUUUGGAAGCAAAUGUUCAACCUCAAUCUCAAGUAGACACGCAAGGAGAAGCUGCAAUUGCCGAGGAUGCAACAGCCUCUGAGAAUCUUCCCACAAAUGGUGCAGAAUGGGUGGAUCUCUUUGUGAACGAAAUGACAAGUGCCUCAAACAUGGAUGACGCGCGCAGCCGAGCUUCAAGAGUUCUUGAGGUUCUAGAAAAAUCUAUCUGUGCCCGUGCAAAUGCAGAAGCAGCAAAUAAUUUUCAUCAGGAAAACAAGAUGCUUAGGGAACAAGUGGAAGCCCUUAUCCAGGAAAACACUAUUCUCAAACGAGCUGUCUCUAUCCAGCACGAACGUCAAAAGGAAUUUGAAGGCAGGAACCAGGAGUUGCAGCAACUCAAAGAAUUAGUCUCUCAAUACCAGGAGCAGUUGAAAACACUUGAGGUGAAUAACUAUGCACUUACAGUGCAUCUUAAACAAGCUCAACAGAGUAGCUCCAUUCCAGGGCGUUUCCAUCCUGACGUUUUUUAAUUUGGAAUUACUACAUUGAAACUGUGGUAAACUCGAUCCUCACAAGACUUCUAUCCCAUCAAAAUACAUAGUAAGAUGACCAACUUGAACUUCAAUCAGUAGCAUGUUUGUGGGUUCCUCUUUUUUUUAUCUAGAAGGUAUAAAAGAGUCGAGGCAUCUACUUUUCCAUCUGUCAGUACAGGGAUUAAUUCCUUUCUUCUUCUUCUUCUUCUUCUUCUUCUUCUUUUUCAUUUAGUUGUUUCUGUCCUGCCAUUGGAUUAAAUUUGAUUCUAAUAGAUAUAUCUUUUCUUCUUCUUAUUAUUAUUUUUUGUCUUUUCAUUUUGCCUGAUUAUAGUUCGAAGCCUGAUUGGAAUACAAAGAAUAACACUUCGAAUGGAAAAAGUUUCAUUACUUUUCUUUUCA